AUGUUUCGUCUCCUUUUUAUCCCACUCGUUCUCCUGCCUGUGUUCUAUGGACACAAGGCAGCAAGUGCUGGCACAACGGGAGCAGCAGAAACGAUAAAUUGUUUAAGCGAGAUGAAUCAGGAGAGGGCAGCUGCAGGACUCGCUGCGUUUGAGGAGGCAACUGAUGGAGCACAAGUGCUGCCGAAAAGCGCUGGUACUGGAUCAAAGAUAACAGCUGCCACGCUGUGGAACGAAAUCUGCCAAAUAAUAGAAGCGGAGGAAAGCACUGAAGCCGAACAGUUAAAGGGAACAUUCGCGUACUACCCCGGCAACAAGGACUGCAAAGCUGCAGUGCAGUACUGGAAGGACGGGUUUUCGCUGUUCAAAAACGAGCUGCCUCCAAAUUACACAGUUUCGGAUACCCCUGAGGUGUACAGCCACAAAGCCGUUUCCUUUGUCGCCCUUUAUAACCCUCAGGCGAAGCCUGUAGCCAGCUGCGCCUUUGUCACAUGCACAAAAGCGGCAGACUCCACUGACCCAGAACUCUCAAGAAGUCAGAAAGGGCGGUCAACAAGAAGGCUUCAAAGUUCACAGGAAAUUCAUAAUGCUGUUAUCUGCUUAACGAACCCGGAAGCGCUGACUGAGGGGCAAGCGCCAUUCAAGGAAGAGGAGUGGCAGAAGAUUGUUCAAGCCAUUGUUGGUACUAAGGAGGGCAGCGUGGUUUCACCAGUCAGGCCGUCAUCGGCAGUUGGGUUCAUUAUGAUGCUUUUUGCCUACGGUCUUUUUUAA